AUGGCGGCGACAGUCCCUGGUGCCUCGAUAUUAGGCCUUCCAAAGGAGAAGAAGCAAAAGUUCAACAGGGUAUUGGGACUGCAGCCGGAGCAGAACGAGAAGGAGCUUUACGCCAUCUUCAGAGCAGACUCGUUAUCCCGAUUCUAUGUACCAGCCGUUAUGAUGGGACACAACUCGCCGCCACCUCCGUCUUCGCGUACAGUGCAUAUCUUGGGCCAGGAUGAAAAGUCGAAGUUCCUAUCGCAUGCUCUACACGGUAUAUACGACUCGGUGAAAUCGCUCAACAUACCUCAAAACACACCUUAUCAAAACAUUUCGGGAAAUAUGGGAGCAAGAAAACAUGAUGGGGCCUGGAUCGAAGCGAACGAAACGAUUAAGGAGGGCCUCGAAUCAACUGAUGACGAUGGACAUAUCAGCAACUUGGUGGUAGGCGGGAGACCCAGCCAGGCCAUUAAGUUGCUUGAGAAAGUGAAGCACCGUGUAGACGAUCGGACAGCUAUAUGUUAUAUGCACGACGGGCUAGGAGUAGCUGAGGCGGUGAACAACAGAGUCUUUACGGACGCAGAGAAACGACCGUCGAUUGUUCUCGGGCACAUGAGCCACUCGUUGGCCUAUAACAGAAAGACAAAAUCGGUUCGAGUAAUGUCGCCAGAAUAUACAACCGCGCUGACCGGCGUACGACCUUUCCUGGGCAAGACCAAAGAGAAAGAGCUUUCUACGGAUACGUGGCUGCGUACGCAGGGCAUGCUCGAAAAGUUCGCUGCCUCCGACAUGCUCAAAGCCAAGGGCGUGCAACUUGAUAGCUGGAUGAAGCUCAAGAUUCCUUCGCUCAUGUUUUCAUCGGUCAUCGACCCAAUCUGCGUCCUGUUGGACGCACGCUACAAAGAAGUACUCUACAACCCGACGGCGAAUAAGUUGAUUGACCAGCUGCUGUCCGAGAUUGCCGACGUCGUAGGUCGUAUGCCUGAGGUGAAGCAUUCACCAGAGCUACAAAACAUGCUGCGGAGCGGGGGUAUGCGGAGACAGAUUAUGGGUAAGCUCAGAGGCAAAGGAGAUGCGCCGAGCAAGAUGGCAUUGCAGAUCCAGCGAGGGAUGUUGACAGAUAUUGACUAUCUUAAUGGAUUCUUCAUUGAGAGAGGGGGCAGGCUAGGUAUGAAGCUGCCGGCGAAUGAGAUGGUUGUCGGUAUGGUUAAAGCGAAGCACAAGGCGCAACUGGAUAAAACCCGGUCUUUCAUUCCAAUGGAAAUCCGCAAGGCUCGCCUUGAGCAGCUCAAGGCGCAGGGCGGGGCGGGAGGCAGCUCCGCAGGAGGCUCGAACCAGAAGCAGGCCGAGCAGCAGCAGCAGCGACAACAACAAGAAGCCGAAGCCAGGCAACAGAUUCUCAACCAGAUCCUGCACCCGGAGGCGGCGGACCGCCUGGGCCGUAUUCGCCUCGUUAAGGAGCAGCGCGCACAAGAUGUCGAGAACCGACUCAUCAUGCUCGCUCAGUCCGGCCAGCUGCGCAGCAAGGUCACCGAAGCCCAGCUGAAGGAGCUGCUCGCCGCCGUCGCCGAGAACAAGGAAGAGGAGAAGAUUGUCGUCAGCCGGCGCAAGGGCUGGGAUGAUGACGACGAUGACUUGUUGGACUUGUAA